AAAAUGCCUCUUCCACCAGCUCUUCUCGCUCGACUUCAAAAAAGGGGAAUUGUAAAGCAAGAAGAAGAGGUUAUCGCUGAAAACUAUGAAAAAGAGCCAGAAAAGAAAAGUUUCGAAGAGAAUUCGGCAGGAGCACCUGGUUGUCCAAAUAAAUGGAAUCAAUAUCACGUUUGCCUCGAAUUUUGCUAUGAUCAUUGGGGCGAUGGAACUCCGGAAUAUCGGUUGCCCGAGAGAUAUGUGCAGAACAAAAACAGAAUGCUUGCAAAGUUUCCACUUCCCGAAAAUUGGGUUGAAGUCUAUGAUGAGGGACUUGCGAAGUAUUAUUUCUGGAAUAAAACAACAGAUGAGGUUUGUUGGUACUCGCCUCGUCAUCCACGAGCUAUUAUCAGUGAUCCAGCUCCUCGAAUCGCCAGAGAGCAUGCUACAGUGCUUUUUGGAGAUUCUCACGCAUCUGAGGAGGACAAUGCCGCCCGCCGCAGAAAUUUCCACAACAAGAAAACUUCACGCGGAGGGAAUGAUGAUAAGCAAUCACGUGGCAAUAAUGCUGAAAAGCGGAAGCGACGUGAUCCGAUGACGUCACAGGGUCCAGAUUCAGAUGAAGACGAGUUACAGGAAAUGACAAAUAAGGAUAGACUGAAAAGAGCAAAAAGGAAAGGAAUUGAUCCAAUGGAUCCAGCAGCUUAUGGAGAUGCUCCAGUUGGAAAAUGGUCGGAUGGUCUUCGAGUUGAUCAGGUGACUGGAGCCGACGUGACUGCUGGUGGACCACUUUUCCAACAAAGACCCUAUCCUGCUCCGGGAGCAAUUCUCAGAAAGCAGAAACCACAGGAUGAAGAGGACGAUCAAUAAUUCAAUUUUAUUGUUUUAAUUUUUGAUUAUUUUAAUUCAAAAUUCCUACUCCACUUCCUUCCAAAAGUUCUGUCAUUUCCUACUAUUUAUUUGUUCUGUUUUGUACCGUUGUACCUGUAUCUUUUUCUUUUUCUAUGCACAUAAAUGUGCUCAGACAUCUGAAUUUUUCUCUGUGCUUCUCCAAAACAUUUCCAUAAAUUCAUCAACUGUU